UUCCGCAUUAAACUCUCUUGUACCCUUACAAAUGGACGCAUGGACAAAGAGCAACGAACUCCAGAUAAAAUCACAGGAGCUAAACCUUAAAAACAAUCUUGAAGGAAAACAUUACAAGACAUUUACUGUAAUACCAACCCAAGGUCCAACAAUGGAGACCUUUUUCAGUACACAUACUCCUGUAAACCACACUUUGACAGACCCAAACAAAAACAAAUCAAGAAAGUCUGAGACCUCAAGUAGCUCAGAGAAACUGGGUGACAAUGUCCCGUCUAAUUCCCAAUUGAAGAUAGUCAAGACCGAAGUAACUCCAUCCUACCAAAGGUCUUCGUUCAACUCUUCUAGGUUUCAAAUGGGUGCAGAUCUUAAGUCCCAAACUAAUGCAAGUCAAACCUCUGUAGGAUCCAAAAGUACUCCAAAACAAACCAGUUCACCUAAAAAAACAAUCCUUAACUUUCAUCAAACUCUGCCUCAAACUCAACCUAUUUCUCUCCAAGGCGAAAAUACCCAAUUUGACUCAUCAACAGAGUCUUUGAGACCAUUUUCCCAACCACUGUCCCAAACAAAAAGGGUGUUUUCUCAAUCCACUGUAACUACUCAACCAGUCACAGUCUCCUCAGGAGGAAAUGAUCCUACAUCUGAAGGAAAUACCAAAACCAUGGCCCCGGUUGUUGGUUUUGUCACUUCAAACACUUCAUCUUCUUUUUCAUCAUCUAAUUCCUUAAGCAGUUCUUUUGCUAGUCACAGCAGUGAAAACUUCACAUCAGUCACAUCAACAUCUUCCAUUCAUUCCCCUUCUCGUCCAUCUCAGAACGAACCUCAAACAACCCCAAAUCAUCCUGCACCAGCAUCACCUUCCCCAAUCUCCAUACCUCAGCAUUUAACCUCUACUAACUACCAAACCACCACUCCGCCAACCUUCUCUACCUCUUCCACCAUUUCUUCCUUCAGUGCCUCCAACUAUCCAACAAUGCCUUCUUUGCCUACUUCAAUCUCCCCAACUUUCUCUUCUUCUACUCCCUCUUUCUCAGUUACCUCACCAUCUUUAAGAGUGAGUUUGUCAUCUUUUAUUUCACCCAUCAGCUCCCCUAAACCAGAACCAACACCAGCGCCUCAUAAAAUCACUCUACAUCAGAAGUUGGUAACCCAAACCCACCAUGCACCAAACUCUGAGACUCGAUUCACCUCACCGGCACACAGAAAGGUUGUCCAUCCAAACCCCAAACCUUAUCCCAACCUCAGACCAAAUCAUGACCAAGAGAUCAAACCAAACAUUCAAAACACAGAUACCAAACCAAAGCAUCCCUCAGAUCCCGCUGACGCUCCAGACAAAGAAGGAAAGUAUCCAGACAUUGUCCCCAGACACAGUGCCUGGGAGCUGGGCAUGCUGCUGGGCUGCUCGGCCGGGUUGGGCAUGGUUCUGGUGGUCGGGCUGAGGUAUGUCUACCGGCAGGCCUGUGGCAGGCGGACUGAGGUGACGCUGAACGACCGCGAGCGAGAGUACGGGAGAGGGGACCAAGGGCUGGUUCACCUCCAGGAGUGUGGCGAUUUGGUCAGAGUUAAAAAAAUCAGAGAGAACAGCUUCGUGUUUCUGGCGGAGUACGAUAUCCUGGCAUCGCCUUCAAACUGAGAGAGGCUCAUCAAGACCGACGUUAAACAUCCGAAAGACGGAUCUGGAAGAGGAUUAGGACAACCAAAAAAAUUAAAAAUAACUUUUCUUCACAGAAUUCUGAUAUUAAACUUCUGAGAUCAAAAGUCAUAUUCUGACAAAAAAAAAGUCCAAAUUUUGAGAUUAAAGUCAGAAUUCAGAGUGAAAAAAAAAAGAAUUCUGGGAUGAAAGUCAGAGUUCUGAGAAUUUUGGCUUUUGAGAAAACAAGUCAAAAAUAAAAACUAAACUCUGAGAUUAAAGUUACUUAUGAGAAGAUUCUUUUUAGUGGCCCUAAUUAUCUUCCGUAGAAAAAUGCUGCUUUAAAGGUGACAAAAUUUAUUGUUUAGGAAACAUUAGAGUCGUACAUAAAAUUUCCAAAAGAAUCAAACCCACCAGAAGAAAUUCCUUUGCAAGUAAAAGGAGAUGAAUGUUUUCCUUUAUAUCCCAAACCUGUUGCUAUAACGCUUACUUUAUUAUAGUAGAUCAAUUUUAAGUACUUUUAUCAUAUUUAUAUCAUUCUUAUGUUUCUAUUGAUAUGACUAAUGUUGACAGGUUUGUUUCAUGCCUAUAACUGUAUGAGAACAUAAUAAAAAUACUUACAAAUAGGUUCCUCUGCACUACAUUGUGGCUAUUAGUUCUAAAUUCAAUCUGUUGUUUGACUUGAUGGUCCAUGUUUCACUGAGCUUGUCAAGGGUAAAAAACUUGGUAGAAAAAAGAUUCUCACAUUU